GCUGCAACCGUUGACGCACCACCACCGCCCUUCCUCCAUCCCAACCUCACUAGCCGGAUAGGAGAUAUGCAAGGCGUCCACGGCUACCGUAUUCGAUCCGACGGCGGAGUCCGCCUCGAAUUAACACCAACCACUAAUUCCCCUCUCGCUAUCGAUAUCUCCGAAUCCACCGAAAUGAGGAUCCAACGUCUCAUCACUGAGAAUCCGGUCAUCAUAUUCAGUCGCUCCGCCUGUUGCAUGUGCCACGUCAUGAAACGCCUCUUCUCUUCCCUCGGUGUUCACCCUACCGUCAUCGAAUUGGAGGAGGACGAGAUCGAAGCUCUCUCCGCCUCCCAGCAGGACAGCGGAGGUGGAGGUGGAGGAGAGACCAUAGCUCCGGCGGUCUUCAUCGGAGGAUCUCGUGUCGGAGGAUUAGAGAGUCUCGUAGGACUUCACCUGAGCGGUCAGCUUGUUCCAAAGCUCGUAGAAGUUGGUGCUCUGGCGUUGUAGCUAGCUACCCCAAACACAGGGGGUAUUAUGGUAAUUUACAAAAUAUAUUUGUGUUUUUUUUUUGUUGCAAUUAUUUGUAAUUUUUUUUUCCCUAUGGACAUGCACCAAUUUUAUUUUCCAACUGUAAAAAAAUGCAAAAUGAAGGUGAAUUAUCCAUGGUAUAAGUAUGUAUGCAGAAAGUACAAGUGAUGAAAUCAGAUUGUU